CCCUGUGCGUUGCUGACGUUGUGUUGUCCAAAGUGACGAUGGCGUCCACAGAUCAGUCUCUUCUGGACCUGACAGAUAAAGAAACCCGGGAGAAACUGUCGUUGUGGGAUCGCCGCACCGAUGCCAUGGCUCCCCUCUCGGAGAGACAAACGGACUCUAUCCUAGAGAUCCGAGCGGCAGCUGAAACCAUUUCUAUCCCAUCUGAGUUGCCCAUUGAGGACCUGUGUAGCCUUUCGUCCCGGUCCUUACAGUCCCCGUUUACUGCAACAGUACCGGCUUCAACAGAGGAUGUCCUGCUGAAAGGUUUCCAGCUGCUCGAUAUGGAGAGUGAUAGGAUAGAAACUGCACAACAGUUUUUUGCCUGGUUUGCCAAGUUACAAGUGAACAUGGACCAAGAUGAGAGCGCAAAAUACAGGAAAACCAGAGAUGACCUAAACUGUUACCAGGAACAGUGUGAUGCUAUUCUGAAAGAUGUCAGUGCAGCACUUGAGCAUUUGGACUCCCUUCAGAAACAGUACCUGUUUGUGUCCAAUAAGACUGGAACUCUGCAUGAGGCCUGUGAGCAACUCCUUAAAGAGCAAUCGGAGCUGGUUGACCUAGCAGAAAGCAUACAGCAGAAACUGUCAUAUUUUAAUGAGUUAGAAAACAUAAACACGAAACUGAACUCCCCAACCCUGUCUGUAAAUAGUGAAGGCUUUAUACCAAUGCUAUCCAAAUUGGAUGACUGCAUCGAAUAUGUUUCCUCGCAUCCUAAUUUCAAGGACUAUCCAGUCUAUCUGGCCAAGUUUAAACAGUGUCUUUCUAAAGCUAUGCACUUCAUGAAGAUUCACAUUGUAAACACUAUGCAGAACCUUACAAGCCAGUUAACAAAAAGGGAUCCAAUGGGCUUGGCUAAUGCAGACAAUGCCUUCACACUUUACUAUGUCAAGUUUAGAGCAGCUGCACCAAAAGUUAGAUCACUGAUUGAACAGAUAGAACAACGAGCAGAGAAAAUUCCAGAAUAUCAUCAGCUUCUAGAUGAAAUCCACCAGUGCUACCUUGACCAGAGAGAACAGCUCCUCAGUCCCAGCAUUACAUCCACCAUUACCGACCUGACCAACCAAAACAGCAAGGACCACUGUGCUCUGGUUCGCAGUGGCUGUGCUUUUAUGGUUCACGUGUGCCAGGAUGAACACCAACUGUACAAUGAGUUCUUCUCUAAACCUACACCUAAACUGGACGAAUUGCUAGAGAAGUUAUGUCUGUCCCUGUAUGAUGUCCUCCGGCCUCUAAUCAUCCACAUCAUCCACCUUGAGACUCUGUCUGAGCUCUGUAGCAUCCUUAAAAAUGAGAUGCUGGAAGACCAUGUUCAUAACAAUGCCGCACAGUUGGGGGCCUUUGAUGCUGUAGUGAAGCAGAUGCUGGAGGAUGUCCAGGAGAGGCUGGUCUACAGGACUCACAUUUACAUCCAGACUGAUAUCACAGGCUACAACCCAGCUCCAGGGGAUCUGGCCUAUCCCGAGAAACUGGAGAUGAUGGAAAGAAUCGCUCAGAGCUUGAAGGAGGAACAGAUGAAGAUGUCACAAGCCAUGUUUUCUGAUGUACAGCUGGAGGAUUCUGAUGGCAGAAGAAACAGCAAUACAGGGAGUGUAGAAGCAUCACGCCUGCAGACAUCUAUCUCUCCUGCUGAUCUGCACGGCAUGUGGUACCCCACUGUUAGACGAACACUUGUUUGUCUGUCCAAGCUCUACAGAUGUAUAGAUAGAGCUGUCUUCCAGGGUUUAUCUCAAGAAGCCUAUCUGCCUGCAUCCAGUCCCUGCUUAAGCGUCGGAUAUCUCCUUAAAAACAAGACACAAAUAGAUGGGCAACUUUUCCUGAUCAAGCACCUGCUGAUAAUGCGUGAACAGAUUGCCCCAUUUCACACCGAUUUUGCCAUCAAGGAAAUCUCACUGGACCUGAAGAAAACACGAGACGCUGCCUUCAAAAUCCUGAACCCUAAGGCUGUUCCCAAAUUCUUCCGACUUAACAGUCACAACGCCAUACUUGAAUUCCUGUUGGAGGGAACACCGGAGAUAAAGGAGCACUACAUUGACUCUAAGAAGGAUGUGGACCGACACCUGAAGUUUAGCUGUGAGCAGUUCAUCCAGCAGCAGACUCAGAUCUUUGUAGGGAACCUUGAGGAGUUUCUCACCAAGGUCGCAGCGCUUAAAACUAUGGCUAUCCAAGGUGGUCCCACAUACAAUCUAGCUCAGCAACCUUGGGCACAGCCAGCAAAGAUCAACGAUAUAGUGAUGGCUACCUACCGGGUGAUGAAGAGCAAGCUGCCAAGCACUUUACAGAGCAUGUCCUUGUACUUAGCCAAUAGAGACACAGAGUUCAUCCUUUUCAAGCCUGUCCGGAAUAACAUCCAGCAGGUAUUCCAAAGACUGCACGCCUUGCUUCAGGAGGAAUACAGCGGAGAAGACCUUCAAAUCAUAGCAUGUCCAUCUAUGGAGCAGAUUAACCUUCUGCUUUCUGUGAAUAAGUAAUGUCCGAGUUUGGUGUGGAAAUGGUAGUGAACACCCUCUGGAUAGCACUGUGAUGUUGCAACUCCAGCCGUGACCAAGAGCCGAGGCUGAGAUGACGAGAGAACUGCACCCGAGCUGCAAGCCGGACCGGGAGCAGUGACCUGACAGAACAGAAACAUCCUGCAAAAGGCCAAAGAUUCCCCAACAGAGACUCAAGUAGCUGAAAGGAUGUUGAGGUUAAGGGUUUUUAGCUCGGAACAAGUGACAAAUGUGAAGGUUCUGUUUAUUGGUACUGACAUGAUCGUUUUGUUUCGGUAAAAUUAAAGGUGGUGUUGGAGUCAUUUUCAGCAGGAGAAGUCCAUUUGUACAAGGGUGGAUUGUUGAUCACUGCUGCAUAUCUCUAAGUGUUUUUAAUAAAAAAGAAUUUGCACGCUAUGUGAGAGGAGGGGCUUGUUGGGUUAUACCGGAGUGUUCACAAAGGCCACAUGUUUUUCAUGGGUUUUUCAUCAUCUUGGUAGCUAAUGGCUAAUUGAGGGGCUUGCAUCCACACCUAGAUUCCCUUGGUGGGCUUGGAAGGAUAAUGAGUAAAAUGCUGCAAAAUCUUUUAUUUCAUUAUUUUAGAAACACAACAGUCUUGUUAUACUUAAAAGGACUCUAUUAUGGUUUGUCCUACAGGGCUCUCAGGUCCCACUGGUUUCUUCUCUGAUCAAAACCUACACCAUAGUUCUGUACUCGACAGGGUUUGUGAAUGAUUCUUCCACUUCAUUCUCCUGAAUGUUUUUUGUUACUCUUGCAAAUAUGUAAAAAAAACAACAACAAUGAAAUCUUAUGUUUUAUACCUUUUCUUUUAUACCUAGGUUGAUUAAAGCUAAAAUAGUGGUUUAAAAAAUAAGGCUUUGUUGACUUUAACAGUUUUGUACUGUGUAUGAUUGAUUGACAUGUUUCCUUACAGUCCUCACAAAGUAACGAAGACAACAGGACGCUGUCAAUAACAUUUGCUUUGGUGUGUCCCAUGUAAAGAUGAUGUGUACAGUUGUACUAUUUAUGAACGUUCUGAUUAAAAAAAGAUAAAUGGUG